UUAAUCGUAAUGGAAGUUACGGUUACACAUAUGAAAAACCCAUUUUCGUUCUUUUUAAAAGAAAAGGGUAAUGAGAGUGAUCGACCACUUAAAGAUGAGGAUCGGUGUGAUCUGCUGAACACCUAUUUGAAAAAACAGUGGUCGGAUGUGAAUCACGGAAAAUAUGUUGCAGUAUGGCACAAGAGUAAAUGGACCCGCGGUAUUGUCCACAUGGAAACCCAAGUUUUAAUCUGGUUGGUUGACUGUGGGUACUAUGUACGACCGGAUGAAACCAUGGUCUAUGUGGAUUUAGCUCCGGAGUUCAAGAAACUGCCUACAAAGGUGUUUGAAGCCAGUAUUCAUGGAGUGGUACCAAUUGAUAAGGCACUCUCAGAUGAAUGUGAAAUUAAAGAUAUCAUUGCCACCACCUGGAAUCAUGGAUCCAUUGAAAAAUCCCAGACCAUAAUCAAUCAAAGCAGGGCUAUAUAUUUUGUGCCCAUAGCCCUGUUGUGUACUAAAGGAAACGAUGUUGUGCUCGGAGACCUGUACGUGGACUCUCCUAGCCAAGGCGUGGUUAACUUUAUUGAACUCAUGGAGCUGUGGCCCGUGCAUCUGCAGAAGAACCCGGCGGUGUACAUUCAAAAUAUUUCCACGUUUUAUUCGAGCCGGCGUAAACACCACGCAUGCAUCCUCAAGCCGGUCAUGCCGAGGGAACUACCCGUGGUGUCUCCCGCCACGAUCACCGUCGACCAAUACGAAGCCAUCGCCAAAGACGCCCCGCAGCUCGAACUUGCCGACGACGCUAGCUCGGAUGAAUGUAGCACUGUCGUCACCAACCGCCAGGACAAUCGGCUCACGGCAGACGAGAUUGAAGAGUACUCGAAGAUGUAUAUCAAAGUCAAUGGCAUACAGUAUAACGUUUUGAAGAUAAUACUUAACAAGUGCCACGAUCUGAGCAUGUGUGAAAGGUACAAGGAUAGAAAGUCAGUCGGAAGAGCGACUACGCGUCAUUCUACUUUCUGUGGCUAUCAACGCCGGCAUUUUGAUGAUUUCGAACAGUUUGCUUAGAAAGUAUUUGAAGGCGCUACAGUCGCAAGCCGCAUACCUCUAGCUUUCGACUGCAGUGCCUACAAGUGUCCAAGCAGAUUGCUUAUCCAUUGGCAGAACAUAAUUAAUUGUUUUUAAUACUAGUGAUAAAACAAACCCGCCUCUCCUUGCCGGUGGAUACACUUUAUGGAAGUUUUGUAGUGCUGUAAUUGUGCAGUGAUGUUUUUGUUUUUAAGACGUGUGAGAGUUUAUUUUUCCCUGGUUAUAUAUUUUAUGUAAAUAGGUACAUAAUUUAGCCAUAGCUACAUAUAUUUCUGGGUGCCAUACAUUAAACAUUUAGCCAUUUAUAUGUCACGUUACUAUAGUGAAUAAGUUAUUUGUUAUUUGUUUACUGAGCUUAUGAAGCUACUUAUUUCAUUUACAGAAUUAUUUUUAAGUAUGUACACUUAAAAGCUGGACUUUUAUUUUCUUGUAUACUCAACUGAAAAUGAAGCAUGCGUUAACAUUGCGAAGGUAC